CCUCCAACAAGAAUAAUCUGACGCAAUUCCCGAGUCUCCCAAAGACAAUCAGUCCGUUGGCAAAAUGUAAGCCAGCCGCUUGAUUGUACCAGCAACUGAUGAACAUUCGCCCAGUCCAUCCAGCAUCGAGGAUCGGCCUGCCGCACUCGAAAGCCAAAAAUCUCCAACUGGGUACAGAGAACGAGUCUCUCAAAACGCAAAUCAUGUCCCUCAAGUCCAGGGCUGGCACUCUCGGAGAAACGAUGACCAGCCCCAUCCUGCAAACCAUCGGCCAGCCCAUACAAAAGGGGCUCGCGUUGUUCUCGAAACUACCACCCGAAAUCAGUCGAAUGGUCUGGACUUUCGCUCACCCACCGGCGCGAGUUAUUACAAUCUUCGAAAAUACUGAUGGAGUUGAAGGCGAGGAGAUAGUUUACUCGACUUCAAAAAUCCUGACACUACUCCAAGUCUGCCAAGAACCACGUCAAAUCGCAAAUAACUGGUACUAACUUACAUUCAGUCCUACCAUAGGAUCUCGCAAGACUGCUCGCAUAUACUUUGAAUUUGCCUCGGACGCUGCCCACAUCCCAUUUUAUAGGCCAAAAUCAUCCCAAUCGCUCAGUUGGUUCUCUAUACUCAAUCCCCGAUACAGCGAGGUGCAAAGUCACCAGGGUGAUUCAAGGGGCUUCACAGUUCUCGG